CUGCUGCCUCUAUCGGCGGCGGCGGCGGCCGAGCGAGCGGCGAAGCCGAGGGAGACUUUUGACCCCGAGCGUCGACGCUCUCGCAGCCAUGCAGGCGCAUGCGCGUGGGGACGCUGUCGCUCGCCUGUUCCACAACCGCCGCCGCCACCACCGCCCGGCCACCACCGCCCGGCCACGACUCCGAACCCACAGCCUCCGACGUGGAAAACCACGCGAGCCUCAAUCCUCCUCCUCGGUGGGAAACACGCCUCCGCCAUGCAGGCAGCUACGAGUGAACCGAGAGGCAGGAUCGCGCGUGUGACCAGGCUAGAGAGCUUUAGCGCUUCGCACAGGCUGCACAGCCCACUGCUCUCGGAUGAUGAAAACCUCAAAAUAUUCGGAAAGUGCAACAACCAUAAUGGCCAUGGCCACAACUAUAAAGUUGAAGUCACUGUGCGUGGAAAGAUUGACCAUGCCACUGGAAUGGUCAUGAACAUUGUUGACUUAAAAGAGGCUAUGCAAAGAGCUAUAAUGAACCCAAUGGACCACAAAAAUCUGGACAAGGAUGUGCCUUAUUUUAAAGACGUUCCAAGCACAACUGAAAACGUGGCGGUGUUUGUUUGGGAGAACCUGCGGAAGCUUCUGCCGGAGGGCUCCCUCUUUGAGGUGAAAAUCCACGAGACUGACAAGAACGUGGUGGUCUAUCGCGGCGAAUGAGCUGCGUGGUGCCACGGCCUCGAAGCAACUCUGCAAACGCCCCGACUCCCCCCUGGCCCCCACACCGAGCACACACACACACAGCACACACACGUAGUGUCCUGGCGGGGGAUCGCCUGGCACGAUGGGUUUUAAUCCUAGGAAGAAAGUCACCCCACGGUUUCCCGGUGCCAGGAGAAUGGCCGGCCCUCGCAGGACAAGUCACAUUGCGGUGCCCCUGAGUUGGCCUAAAAUUGUAUCGGCACAAAAAAGUUCACAGGGCCAGCCGCAAUGAGUCAUUCACGACAUCAGGAGGGGCUGGAGUGGACUAUUAAGCGAGAAGAGCAGACCAUGAGGUCAGGGGAUCGCAGCGCCAUGAUCCCCACCCCCCCCGACCCCCAUACGGAAUAAACACUCGCAGUGUGUAUAUUCGCCAGCCGGGCGUCAUUCCGGAUUAACAAGGGUAAUAAAUAAAUGGGCUGUAAUCACAGGCGCACGAUUGGCCGCGCGGUACAACAAGUGAGGGUGAUAAAUAAAAGCGUGUAAAAAGGGAGCCUGAGGCAACUCCUGAGGCACACAGGCUCGCGUUAAGAGAUAAUCGCCCGCAGGUGCGAGCGCGUCCGUACCCCCCCCCCCCCCCCCCCCCCGCGUUAGCUGUGAUGUGCACGGGUGUGUGGUUUAACUCGGUGUGGCUACGAGCUAGUAGCACGAGUGUGUCCCUCAGGGCGCUAGCGCGGGGGGCACGAUCACUCGGUCGGCGGGGGCCCGGCGGGAGCCAACCGACGCGGUGGAGGAGGGAGCAGGACGGGUGGACGUCGCGCGCCCCACCUGCCUAGCGAGGGCGGUGGGUGGGGUGGACGUCAGGCCCCACAGCUGCAGCGUGCAAUGGCCGAAACAAGAAAAAAUGUGCGUGAGCCUCGUUCUUUGCACUGUUGUCAUUCGCCGGAUGAUUUUAUCGUGUGACUUUUAGACAGUUAGAGCACCAGGUACGUACAGUCCUGUGAUGCGUUGCAAAUGUUGUACUGUGUUUUAAUGAUUUUUUUACACACUUUUAUUUUAAAAAGUGUGUAAAAAAAUCUCGCCCUGUUUAUAUUUUUUCAAAUCUUUGACGCUUAAUGUCUUCGGGUCUACGAAGCCUAAACGAGCUGACAUUUUGUACACAGGCUCGCCAUCUCGCAUGGCAAUUCAAGGUUUAUUUUAAUAUUAAGGUCACAGACCCCUCUGUGUUAUACUUUACACGUUUUAGAACACUGAUGUGGGGCCUGAAGCCAAAUGCUGCGUCAAAUCGACGGCUAGAAAGGGCCAUUCUGGCAAAUUGGAAAGACCACGAAACCUCCCUUUGUGGAAGCCGUGGCAUUGCACCCUUCUUGCCCUUGCGGGAACAGAACAUUGAAGCCACAAGCAGCUUAAAGGCAGGGAGCAGGAGCUCGAAACCAGGCGUAUGUAAGUUCAUGCAAGGCCAAUUGUGCUUAAAACUUAUUGUUUUGUUCCCCCCUUAAAUGCUCCUUAAUAAUAACAAAAUAGGCCAAAAUGAAUGGCUUCAAACCAAAGACUAGGCUCAACAUUGAGCAAGCUCAGCUCCACUCGGCAAUACAUUGGUGAACAGUUAAGUAAUUUCCAUAGAAUUCCAAACUGAUAUCGCUUCUUUACAUAGCAGUCUGCACUGGCUGGCAAGCGUUUAAUAGCCUUUAAAUGAGCACAUUGACCAGAUUGGACCUGCACAUCUUUUAAUUUGGACACUGCAUUAACAACAGUUUCCCAAGGGCAUUGGGAAGUGGCCCGUUGCAGACACAACUGCUAUAUAUGGUACUAUUAAUGUUGGUAAUAGUACUCUUUGUCACACUAUGGUCCGUGUGCAUCCUUUUUAAAGCUAUCCGCAGGUCCGCAAAGGUUGGCAACCAUUGCCAGAGAAGUUAAGACAUCAGAACGCCUCAUGUCUGCGACCCUGUCGUGGGUAAGCACAUUUAUUUGGCAAGAGGAGUUUUCUUAUCAUUCUUCAAGUAAUUUAGUAUUUAUUUGCAAUAAUAGUGAAUACUAGGAUUAUUUUUUUCUGUAAAACUUCUCUUGUCGCCUUGGGUAAUAUAUGAAUCGUUGUGUCAUAGCGUUUGUUGCUGGUAAAAGUACUGUUUGUCACACUAUGGUCCGUGUGCACAAAUAAUAAAGUGGACACAGCAGACUCCCACCAGCAUGUUUUGAACAUUGCACAACGCGUCAUUUUGCAAAACACAUUGAGCAACUCGAUGUUACGCCGGCCCUGUCAGUGGCCUUAACGAUUUGUCAAUUGUGCAGUGUUUGAACAGCCGUACCGCAGUCGCUGUGCUUGCUGCGCCCGGCAUGCCCAGCACACAUUCGCCACUCUCUGCCCGUGUGUGUGCCGUGUGUGUGUGCCGUGUGUGCACAUUUAUCGAUGCUAACACUACUUGCUAGGCCUAUGCUGGUGUAAGGCACGUGCCCUUUGUACCCGCAUGUCAGCGCGUGUUUGUGUUGGCAUAUCGUUACAUUUUUUGGGGUGAUCUGUUUGGUUUCUUAAUGGGAGAGCAGUUUAGAUGUUCUUGAAUGUUCUGUCUCUCUCUCUCUCUCUCCCUACUCCCCAGCUUCAGAGUGCUUUGCAUAUGUGCUUUUUUUAGCGUUCAUGGCUGACGUCACACUCAAUACACAAACCGAGGAUUUGUUUUCCUUUGGGGCCUAAACACCUAAAACGCUGUGCCACACUAAACGUGUACAAACAGCAUGCCCGCCGACGGGCAGCACUUUCUUACCGGCAUCAUGCAAAACCACGAAAGGAGGAGGCAUCCAAGCGGGGUAACGUUUGCAAAAACGUGCGGACCCCUCGAGAGGAGACUUUGAAAGGGGAAGAAAACACUAACCAGAGCAGAAACACAGUCAAAUAAGUGACAGAAACACAGUCAAAUAAGUGACAGAAACACAGUCAAAUAAGUGACAGAAACACAGUCAAAUAAGUGACAGAAACACAGUCAAAUAAGUGACAGAAACACAGUCAAAUAAGUGACAGAAACACAGUCAAAUAAGUGACAGAAACAGUCAAAUAAGUGACAGUAACACAGUCAAAUAAGUGACAGAAACACAGUCAAAUAAGUGACAGAUAGCAGAAGGGCAAAGUUUUUUAAAUAAAUGGGGAAGAAAGUUAGACAACAAUUAACGAACUAACCAAUAUAGUUUGUUUUAUAUAAAGCAGAGAAAAGAUAGUCACAAUCUCAUCUCGCUCACUUGGUAAAGCUUCCCUUUAUAAUUUAUUAAAUUAUUCUCACUACCAUUGAUUAAUGUGCACGUGAUUGCGAAGCAGAUGUGAUGGGGCCUGAAUAUGCCUAGACCUGAAUCUUGGUUGUCAUGUGACGAUAUUUUGUAUGACAUGGUGAAAAUAUGUAAUUGUAUUCGUGUAUUAGGCUGUCAUAUGAAGUAUGUCUUAAACACAGUGUUAUCUUGUCAAUGUGACGAUAAAUUUCGAUUUAAAGCU